GAUACAUUCUCAUAUCAAAGAGUACCAAGAUCAGUUGAAGAAGCUGCUUCAGAUAUACUUGAGAUAACAUUUAAUCGAACUAGUGCUACUGCUUCUUAUAAUAUACCAGUCAUAGUUGAGUGUACUGGUGAAGCCCCUGGGAAUGCUACAGUUACUAUACAGUGUAAUGGAACUGGUGUUGUAUAUGAUAAUAUUACAGAAGUGGAUGAUGCUACACAACCAAUGAAUAUAAAAGGAUUAAUAUCAGUCCCUCAGUAUCAACAGUGUAAUAUCAGUAUUGUAUUUAGUAAUGAGGCUGGUAGUAGUGAACCAUUUAUACUAGCAUUUAACACAACUCCUACAAUGAACCCUACACUGUCUCCUACUAGUACUGUUGGAACAACUACAUCAUCUCCUAAUUCAAUAAUAACUAGACCAGAAAUAAUUGGAAUUAGUGUUGGUGGGGGUGUACUACUGAUAAUAACAAUACAGAUAAUAGUGAUAGUGGUAGUUGUCAUCUAUAAGAAGGGAGAAAGGAAGAAAUCACCACUUCUUGAAAGGAUAGUAUUUGAUGGAAGUUCUGCUCGUACAUCAGUUAGUAGCUAUAAUGAAUGUGGAACUUACAGUCAAGCACAAGAACCUGAGGUAAAGCGUUAA